CCUGAAACGUCCAAGGAAGUACGGUACAUGAGCACGUCGCAUUUCGUGGUUUUAGCUGAUAGAUUUCAGCGGCAUUUUGUCCUUUAUUCCACUUAUGAAACACAGAACAUUUCGUUUGUUUAAUCUGUGGUACUUGUAUGUUAUCUAAUGAAAGUCCUUCGCUUUGAAAUCGAUGGAAAACAGCAACCUGGAGGAAAAUGUUGAUGAUCGUGGAGUCGAGCAAGAAGACUCCACUGACAGUGAGUUAGAAGAGUUGAACGCGUACGUUCCCUUAGAUAUCCCACCUCGAGACUUUCCUAGGCAUCUUGCGCGAGGUUAUUCAGAACCACAGAGGGCUACAACGAGAAACAGAAUGGAACAUACGAUACGAAAAGGAGCUCACUCGCCUCCCAUCAUUCAAAAGCAACGAAACAAGGUUGUCACUCAAGUCUUGCCGAGAAAUGCUCAAGUCGGUGACUAUGCCGAUAAAAUUACACUAGUGGUUGAUGAUACACGUUUUGUGGUUGAAAGAUCACUGUUUACCGCUCAUCCAAACACUAUGCUAGGAAGAAUGUUUGGCUCUACAAUGGAAUACACAACAAGAAAUGAAAAGGGUGAAUAUGAAGUAGCAAGAGGUAUUUCGGCAAAUGUGUUCAAGUGCAUACUGGAUUACUACAAGACAGGUAUAAUUAACUGUCCACCAAGUGUACAAAUCCCAGAACUGAGAGAAGCAUGUGACUACCUGCUCAUACCAUUUAAUGCUCAGGUUAUCAGAUGUCAGAAUUUAAGGGAUCUUCUUCAUGAACUGUCAAAUGAUGGUGCUAAAAAUCAAUUCCAGUACUUUGUAGAGGAGUACAUUCUUCCUGUUAUGGUGUCCUCUGCUAAGAAAGGUGACCGUGAAUGCCACAUUGUUAUUCUCACUGAUGAUGAUGUGGUGGACUGGGAUGAGGAAUAUCCGCCGAGCAUGGGAGAGGAGUAUACACACAUUGUUUAUUCCACAUCUUUGUAUCGGUUCUUCAAGUACUUUGAAAACCGAGAUGUAGCAAAAGAAGUGCUGAAGGAAAGAGGUCUCAAGAAGAUAAGACUGGGAAUUGAAGGUUAUCCCACUCAUAAGGAGAAGAUUAAACAGAGGCCCAAUGGAGGGAGACCUGAGGUAAUCUACAACUAUGUUCAGCGGCCUUUUGUGCGCAUGUCGUGGGAGAAGGAAGAAAGCAAGAGCCGCCAUGUUGAUUUCCAGUGUGUCAAGACCAAGACGGGUACCCCAGGACUGGUGGAGGCUGUAGAUGAACCUGCUGCCCUGGCAGCAGCUGGUGCUGGACCUCAUCCCCCUGCAGCCAUACUGGGUGCAGAUCCUGAAGACAUUGAAUGAUACGCCUGAGCAAGCAAAGAAAUUAAGUAUGGCUGUUAACAGUAAUAAACAGCUCAUUUCUUCUCAAAAUAUGACUGAAAACCCCAAUAUGUAGGUCAUAUGAAUUGAGGAAUUGAAAAUUAACAGGGACGAAGGUGUUAGAUUUUUCUUUGUUGACAUACCAAAUUUUCCAUCUUGCAAAUCAUGCAACAUUUUUUUGCAUUAACAUUAUUGAAAGAGAUGAUUUUUAAAAUACACGUUUAGUCGAGAUUGGCAUCAUUCUAACACAUCUGGGCACUGAACUGUGAUGAAAGAGGUAAAAUAAAUGGGUAUUUAUGCAGAUAUUAAUUCUUGAAAAUAGCAAAAUCUCGGCCGCUUAAUACAAUAAAGAGCCACAGAUAGGCUUACCAGUUGAGCAGUUUUCAGGCAGGUGCCAAGCAACUGAUCAAGUGAUGUAGUUUUGCAAAAAAAAUAUUUUGGUGAUGUCAUGAGUAAGGUACAGUAUUCUGUUGAUGACUUGUUGAAUUUUCCCACCAGAUUCUGAAUACUGUUCAAACUGUCAAAGUCUUGUUAGGAGAAUUUGCUUGUGGACAUUGGGGCUUAAAUGUUAGCCAAUAUUAUAUUAUUCGCUCUUUGCCCUAAGUAAAUGCAGCAAUAUUCUGUUACAGAGAGAGGUUUAGCUUAAUGCCUGUGACAACCAGAUCAAAUUAGCAGAAAGGCUAUUGUAUUCGUAUAUUAAAAAGUAUAGUAUUUAAGUUGGUAUAUUAACUUAGUUUUUGUGCUAAAUGUGCUAAAUGUAAUCAGUGUAAAGGAAAAUUUUAUUGAUCAUGAAUUACCGUUGGAAUUUCCAAAUCUUGGAGCUACUUGCAAGACCGGGAACAAAAUCCUUGUGAAUACAUAUGAGGUUUAUUUUUCACUCAGAGAAACCAGCUUUCUGACAGAAAUUUAUGGAGCUGGAUUGCCGGGAUGGUUGAGUGGUGAUUUCAUAACGUAAUUCAACAGAGAUUAUGUCGUUUCGUUAGUAGUCAGUCUCCUGCAACUAAAGAAUAGAGAACAGAGUGCUACAGCAUAAAAAUUAAAAUGGGAUGUAUCUUGCAGUUAACUGCAGUGGAGGCAGUUGACCAUUUUUGCAAACUCAAUCCAGUAGAAGGCCAGAAACCUAAGUGACGGCUUUCUGUAGGUUCAAGUACAGUUGCAGAUGGAGAUGGCGCGAUGAUUUUGGAAGCCGUAUUGUAGAAAUAAAAUAUUUUAAUAUAAAGGACAUCAGGCGUGUGCAAUAAAUAGUUAUUGAAAAAUGUUGAUUUUAAUAAAAGGUUCAUCGUGUUGUUA